GAUUCUUUAGCUUGUGUAAACUACAUCCCCCAUAGUGCAUCAGUGGCCUUCUGAUUUUAUGUUGAAUUUAAAUUUGUUUUGAAGACAUAUAGCCUCUACAUAAAGGAUCUGAACUUCCUCCACCACUGGAGUCUGGUGCUGUUUGUUUGUAGUUGCUGUGUGUGUCCGCUGGGGGGCGUCCCGCCUCCACGUCUGCUGUUUGAACCCCCGGCAGCUCCUCUCUGUCAGGCUGCAUGGUGAAGAUCAUUAACUUCAUCUGUUACUGCACGAGCCGCGCACACGUUCAUCCGCUCUGCUUUGAUGUUGUCUGCAGCCUGGACGCACUUGUCUUUUCGCUCCCUCCUCUCCGUCCGGACCAGGUCCAGGACCAGGACCAUGCUUUCUCUACUCAGACCUGAGAUCAGUUGUGUGACUAGGGAACUUGAUGAGACCCUCAGACUCUCAUCAGCCUGAACUCGGCUGGUGUGAUGAGCCUGAGAGCCUCCCGUGUUAUCCUGUGACGCAGGGCAGCCGCGCCGCACCGCACCGCACCGCACCGCUCCGUUCCGCACCGCGCACUUCGGAGGGCUGCGACAAGCGGAAGAAAAAAAAAAAACAAACACACGCGCGUCCGUGACUUCUGUCUUCUGGAACCAAACGACCCUGAUGUGAACAUGUCUUUAAUCAGUUCGACACACUGAUCUGAGAACUGUCUGUGGGAGGACAGUGACCCGGGCUCCGGAGUCUCAUCUCGAACCGACACCUGCAGGUGAUCCGGAGUGUGAGAAACAGGAAUUUACCACUUCUCUGUGAGGGACCAGGAACCGCUCCGCUCCGCGCUCUAACUGCAGGAACAGAGAAAAGUGGAUUUGGAUUUUAAUUCAUUUUGUUGCCCUUGUGGUGAAUGGAUGCUGGUGCGGAGCCGGAUCAAGUCCCCCGCACAGGAAUUUAACGAAAAAUAUUUGUGUGAUGUGACAAACAGCUGGAGACAGAAAACAUCUGUCUGACCUGUGACACCGAGAGAGGAAACACCUGCUCCUGCUGCGGAGAGAAAGGUUUCUGGAAGAAUGUGAAACUGGAGCUGCUGACACCUUAAAGCUUUGCUUCCUCCGCCGCCUCAGACAGGUAUGUCCGACACAGGAACCUGUACUGCAGGAAAACCUCGGGGUCAGUGUUUGUAGGUGGGAGCGCCCGCCGUGGUAGACCCUGCCCUGGGUAACGGGGGACUCCAUGGUCUGGCUUGUCCCGUCCUCACCACACAGCCUGCACUGCUGCUACAGCCACCUGCCUGUUGACUGUGCCACCACAUCACCGCUUCCUAUUCCUGCCACUCGACACACUGCAAAAUGGCGAGAGGUUCGAAGCCCCUGAUCUUCUCUGGACACUGCUUCAUUUCUCUGCUAAUGCUCAAGGGCUGUUGGCUGCUAGGCUCCGCCUCACAGAAGCCCACCGUGUUGGUGGACUCCCAGCAGCUCCAGCAGGAGUAUGCGCACUCCAUCCGGCUGGAUGGUGACAUCAUACUGGGUGGCUUGUUCCCUGUGCACUCCCGUGGCGAACGGGGCGUGCCCUGUGGCGAGCUGAAGAAAGAAAAGGGCAUCCACCGGCUGGAGGCCAUGCUGUUCGCCAUCGACCUCAUCAACAAGGACCCGGAGCUGCUGCCCAAUGUGACGCUUGGGGCACGAAUUCUGGACACGUGUUCGCGUGACACCUAUGCUCUGGAACAGUCGCUCACCUUCGUCCAGGCGCUCAUUGAGAGGGAUGGAUCUGAUGUGCGCUGCGCGAAUGGUGACCCGCCAAUCUUUGCCAAGCCGGAUAAGGUGGUGGGCGUCAUCGGGGCGUCGGCCAGCUCGGUGUCCAUCAUGGUGGCCAAUAUCCUGCGACUGUUCAAGAUUCCUCAGAUCAGCUACGCCUCGACCGCUCCAGAGCUCAGCGACAACACCCGCUACGACUUCUUCUCCCGCGUGGUUCCUCCAGACUCCUACCAGGCUCAGGCCAUGCUGGACAUCGUGACGGCGAUGGGCUGGAACUACGUGUCCACGCUCGCCUCCGAGGGAAACUACGGCGAGAGCGGCGUCGAGGCCUUCGUCCAGAUCUCCAGAGAGUCGGGUGGGGUCUGUAUCGCUCAGUCUCUGAAGGUUCCUCGGGAGCCGAGACCCGGCGAAUUCGACAAGAUCGUCCUCCGUCUGGUGGAGACGCCGAACGCCCGCGCUGUCAUCAUGUUUGCCAACGAGGACGACAUCCGGCGAAUCCUGGACGCGGCGAAGCGUAACAACCUGACGGGUCACUUCCUGUGGGUGGGCUCGGACAGCUGGGGCUCCAAGAUCUCCCCGGUGGUCCAGCAGGAGCGCGUGGCCGAGGGCGCCGUCACCAUCCUCCCCAAGAGGGCGUCUGUGGACGCGUUCGACCGUUACUUCAAGAGCCGCUCGCUGUCCAACAACCGCAGGAACGUCUGGUUCGCCGAGUUCUGGGAGGAAAACUUCGGCUGUAAGCUGGGGAUGCACGGCAAGAGGCCGGGCAGCCCCAAGAAAUGUACAGGGCUGGAGAAAGUCGGCCGUGACUCCACCUACGAGCAGGAGGGGAAGGUGCAGUUCGUGAUGGACGCCGUGUACGCCAUGGCCCACGCUCUGCACCACAUGCACCGCGAGCUCUGCGCCGGGUACCCGGGGCUGUGUCCGCGCAUGGCCAACAUCGACGGCAAAGAGCUGCUGGCCCACAUCCGCGCCGUCAACUUCAACGGAAGCGCAGGGACUCCGGUCAUCUUUAACGAGAAUGGCGACGCUCCCGGGCGCUACGACAUCUUCCAGUAUCAGAUCAACAACAGGUCGACGGCGGAGUACAAGGUCAUCGGACACUGGACCAAUCAGCUGCAUCUAAAUAUGGAGGCCCUGCAGUGGACCACCGGUGACUCCUCCCUGCCGGCCUCGGUGUGCAGCCUGCCCUGCCGGACGGGCGAGAGGAAGAAGGUGGUGAAGGGCGUGCCGUGCUGCUGGCACUGCGAGCGCUGCGAGGGAUACCACUUCCAGGCCAGCGAGUUCACCUGCGAGCUCUGCCCUUACGAGAAGAGACCCGACCAGAACCGCACCGGCUGCCAGUCCAUCCCCAUCAUCAAGCUGGAGUGGCACUCGCCCUGGGCGCUGGUGCCCGUCUUCAUCUCCGUGCUGGGCAUCGUCGCCACCACCUUCGUCAUCGUCACCUUCGUCCGCUACCACGACACCCCCAUCGUGCGCGCCUCUGGGCGGGAGAUGAGCUACGUGCUCCUGACAGGUAUCUUCCUGUGCUACAUCAUCACCUUCCCCAUGAUCGCCGCGCCCGACAUCGUCGUCUGCUCCUUCCGCCGCAUCUUCCUGGGCCUCGGCAUGUGCUUCAGCUACGCCGCGCUGCUCACCAAGACCAACCGCAUCCAUCGCAUCUUCGAGCAGGGCAAGAAGGCAGUGACGGCGCCGCGCUUCAUCUCACCUGCCUCCCAGCUGGUCAUCACCUUCUCGCUCAUCUCAGUCCAGCUGCUGGGUGUCCUCAUGUGGUUCGCCGUCGACCCGCCGCACACCUUCGUGGAUUACGGGGAGCAGCGCACGCAGGAUCCCGAGAACGCGCGCGGCGUGCUCAAGUGUGACAUCUCUGACCUGUCGCUCAUCUGCUCGCUGGGUUACAGCAUCCUCUUGAUGGUCACAUGCACUGUUUACGCCAUCAAGACGCGCGGCGUGCCAGAGACCUUCAACGAGGCCAAACCCAUUGGAUUUACUAUGUACACGACCUGCAUCAUCUGGCUCGCCUUCAUCCCCAUCUUCUUCGGCACGGCGCAGUCGGCAGAGCGGAUGUACAUCCAGACAGCCACGCUGACCGUCUCCCUCAGCCUCAGCGCCUCCGUCUCUCUGGGCAUGCUCUACAUGCCGAAGGUCUACAUCAUCAUCUUCCACCCCGAGCAGAACGUCCCCAAACGCAAGCGCAGCUUCAAGGCCAUCGUCACCGCCGCCACCAUGACCAGCAAGCUGUCGCAGCUGGCGGCCGAGCGGCCCAACGGCGAGGUGAAGACGGAGCUGUGCGAGGGCGUGGAGGCCAGCGUGCCUCCAACAAAAACCACCUACGUCAGCUACACCAACCACGCCAUGUGAAGAAACGACACCUCCGACACAAGGACGUCCCUGACGAGGAGGUUUCUGUCAGACGCAGACGAGGCAGAGAUGAGGUGCUCUGAACAAUCUGAAGGAACAGAACGACUGACAAACUGAACCAACACAUCCAUGGUGUUUCUAUGUUUACAGACCGCAGGGAAACGGGCCUGAGCGGCGCCGAAAACCUGAAAGGAUCACGACUAAAAACCAUCUGAGAGACCGCGAGGAAGCAGGAGGAUGGAACUGAAAAACUAAAAAAAAACUAAAAAACGUAAACUAGUCUUUAAAAAAGAAAUCCAAAAAAAAGAAAUUGUGGAGAUCAACCAUAUUUGUUGUUAUUCUAAUUGUACGUUUAAAAAAAGAAAAAAAAGAAAAUGAAAAAACUUGUGGCUGUGAAAAUUUCUGAUUCUUGUCUCAUGUCGUCCGUCCGUCGACCUGCAUUAUGACAUGAGUCCGUCGCUGGUUGCGGCUAACGGAACGGUAGCUUUUGGAUGUGAAAUGUUGAAAUGCUGUGGUUGAAUUGAAGCAUGCCCGUUUUUAUACAAAUGAUCUAUUUAUAAUAAAGGAAUGUUUCACAGG